UGGAAUGCGCUUGCCUUUGUUUCCCUGUGAGUCUCCCUGUGAACCUGAGCAACGAGGUGGCUGAGGGCUUCGAGGGCGCUACUCCACGCCCUCUGACUUACCGUGAGCGAUGUUGUUGAGAUCGAAAUCCCAAAGGAAAGCGAUGGCGAACUCGAUCUGGGUUUUCUUCUCCACCCUCCUUUGCAUCGUCAUCUUAUCCUCCAAGUCAUGUCUGGCUUUGUACGAAGAUCAAGUUGGGGUCAUGGACUGGCAUAAAAAAUAUAUUGGUAAUGUAAAGGAGGCUGUUUUUCACACUCAAAAAACGGGAAGGAGACGUGUUAUAGUUGCCACUGAGGAGAAUGUUAUUGCUUCUCUGGAUCUUCGCAAGGGAGAUCUCUUUUGGAGGCAUGUCCUUGCAGAAAGUGAUGCAGUGGAUGGAAUCGAUAUUGCACUUGGGAAAUAUGUCAUUACUCUAUCAUCCAAUGCUAGUAUUUUGAGGGCAUGGAGUCUGGCUGAUGGUCAAAUGGUCUGGGAGUCCCAUCUUAAAGGUUCAGUUCCUUCAAGAUCUUUGUUAUCCAUGCCGGUGGCUAUCAAAGUUGAAAAAGACAGUGCUGUUCUUGCUUUUAGUGGAGGCUGGCUUCAUGCUGUUUCUAGUAUAGAUGGUGAAAUUCUUUGGAGAACAGAGCUUUUCUUGGAGGGACUAGAGAUUCAGCGCAUUUCUGUUUCACCUAGUGGUGGAACGAUCUUGGCUGUGGGUUUUGAUGGUUAUUCUCAGUUAGUGUUAUGUCAGAUUAGUGCUACAAAUGGAGAAAUAAUAAAGUGGACCACUGAAUCUGUUCCUGGCGGAAUUUUUGGGGAAGCGUCAUUUAUUUCAAGCGACAAGUUAGUUGUGUUAGAUGGGUCUAGGUCAACCAUAGUUUCUGCUGGUUUCUCUGAUGGAAAAAUCAAAUUUCGUCAGACUGCCCUAUCUAAUCUUGUUGAUUAUUAUUCCGGGGAUCUGACCAUCUUACCUGCAAAACUCGUUGGUGUGUUUGCUUUAAGGAGUGAAUCUUUUAUUUUCUUGGUAAAAGCAUCCAAUGAGGAUGAGUUGGUUAUCAUUGAUAAAGUAAAAAAUCCAGCCUGUGUUAGUGAUUCUCUCUUGCUUACUGAGGGCCAACAAGCUUUUGCUGUUAUUCAGCAGGAGGAUGAUAAAGUUUCCCUAAGAGUAAAACUUGACAGUGGGGAACAAACUGAGCUAAUUAAGGACAAUAUUCGGAUUGAUAAUCAAAAGGGGCUUGUGCAGAAGGUUUUCAUAAAUAAUUAUAUUAGGACAGAUAAAUCUUAUGGAUUCAGGGCCCUGAUUACCAUGGAGGAUCAUUCAUUAUUGCUGCUACAGCAAGGGGAGAUUGUAUGGUCUAGGGAGGAAGGACUUGCCUCAAUCAUGGAUACUACGACAUCUGAACUACCAGUGGAAAAAGAAGGUGUUUCAGUUGCCAAAGUUGAGGAGAAUCUGUUUGAGUGGCUCAAGGGACAUAUGCUGAAACUCAAAGGCACUCUUAUGCUUGCAAGUCCUGAAGAUAUUGCAGUUAUACAAGAUAUGAGGCUAAGAAGCUCUGAGAAAAGUAAGAUGACACGUGAUCAUAAUGGCUUCCGGAAGUUGAUCAUAGUUAUUACUAAAGCUGGAAAGGUUUUUGCACUACAUAGCGGUGAUGGACGGGUAGUAUGGUCACUUCUGCUGCCUUCCUUACGAAAAACUGAAGCCUGUCAGCAUCCUUCUGGAUUUAAAAUAUAUAAUUGGCAAACUCCUCAUCAUCAUGCAAUGGAUACAAAUCCAUCCAUUCUUGUUGUUGGCAGUUGCAGGCCUGACGCGUCAAGUCUCUCAUUUGUUGAUUCUUACACUGGAAAGGAAAUUAAAUCUCUCAACCUUCCUUAUUCUAUAUUGCAAGUUGUACCUCUUUCAUUAACUGAUUCUACAGAGCAGCGGCUUCAUCUUCUGAUUGAUACCAACAAACAAGCACACUUAUUUCCUCGGUCAACCGAUUCAUUGAGUAAAUUGGAAGGGGAACGACAGAACAUAUAUUUGUAUUCUGUUGACACAGAAAAACAAAUAAUUAUGGGCCACACGUUAGGUGGAAACUGCAUCUCUGAUGCUGCAGAUGAAUAUUGCUUUGACACAAGGCAUCUCUGGUCCGUUAUAUUCCCUUCAGAGACUGAAGUAAUUGCAAAAAUUGCAACAAGAAUGCCGAAUGAGGCUGUUCAUACUCAAGCAAAGAUACUAGGGGACCAAGAUGUGAUGUAUAAGUAUAUCUCCAAGAAUUUGCUGUUUGUGGUUACUGUUUCACCAAAAGCCAGUGGUAGAAUUGGGUCAUGUACCCCAGAUGAAGCCUGGUUGGUUGCAUACCUUAUUGAUACAGUGACUGGGCGCAUCUUGCAUCGUGUGACACAUCUUGGUGCACAAGGUCCUGUCAAUGCUGUCUUCAGUGAGAACUGGGUUGUCUACCACUAUUUCAAUCUUAGGGCACACAGAUACGAGAUUUCAGUUAUGGAGAUAUAUGAUGAAUCUCGGGCUGAUAACAAGGAUGUGCUUAGACUUAUGUUUGGGAAACACAAUCUGACCGUGCCCAUAUCUUCUUAUUCCCGUCCGGAAGUGACAGUGAAGGCACAAAGUUACUUCUUCACACAUUCAGUGAAAACAAUGGCAGUGACUGCAACAGUCAAGGGUAUCACUUCCAAGCAGUUACUUAUUGGCACCAUUUCUGAUCAGGUAUUGGCUCUUGAUAAACGAUUUCUUGAUCCACGACGAACACCUGAUCCUUCUCCAUCUGAAAGGGAAGAGGGGAUUAUACCACUAACAGAUGCACUACCGAUUUUUCCACAGUCAUACAUAACACAUUCACUUCAAGUGGAAGGCCUACGUGGCAUAGUGACUGUCCCAUCAAGGCUCGAAUCAACGGCUCUGGUUUUCACAUAUGGUGUGGAUGUCUUUUUCACAAGAAUUGCACCUUCUCGGACCUACGACUCACUCACUGAGGAUUUCAGUUACGCACUUCUGCUUAUCACAAUAGUUGCAUUGGUUGGAGCCAUCAUUGCCACUUGGAUCUUAUCUGAGAAAAAGGAACUCAGGGAGAAGUGGAGGUGACUUCCCUUUUUAUUUCUGGUUACUGUUCGUUUUCAUUAUGCUCUCUCGCUUUCUCUCUCUUUUUGACUUCAUCGUGCUGCUACAUCAAGUUGCACAAGAAUUUUGUUUUUGUGAUAUAUGCAUAUACUCUCUCUCUCUCUC